AUGAAAACUUUCAGAUUUUUGACGUUGGCCGCAGUUUCUGCGACAAAAGAAAAGCCUCCUCCAAAUGAAGAUGCUCCUCGGAUCCAAUUUACGGACUGUGGUUUUGACACGCUCUUUGACAGCAAAACGACUAGUGUCGAGAUCUCAUCUCCUUUGGAUCCUUUUGACUCGUUAGUGUACCCAAACUACGCUACUUGCGAGUGGAAGUUUGAGGCGCCAAAGGCCUGCGGAUUCAACAUUAACAUCUUGCACUUCGACAUUGAAGCCGGUGGCUACAGUUGUUAUUAUGACAAGCUUUCGUUCCAAAAUGCUGCGAAUUAUGACCGAGGUUUCUGCAAUCAAUACGACUAUUACGGCUCAUAUUAUGACUCAUAUGAGUCGUCGGGCGAUUAUGGACCAGAUUUCGACGAUCUCGAAGUUGGCGAUGUUCUCUUCAUCCCUGGCGACUCCUUCAUGGCUAGAUUUACCACUGACUUUAGCGUGAGAAACACGGGAUUCGCAUUCACUGUAACUCCAGAACACGACCCGUCAAAGUGCAAAAAGGAAGAAGACGAUCAUCCUCCUGUCUGCAUUUGGUCCUACAACAACGACGAGUCAGUUCUGAUGAAGGCCUGGGAAAUCGGCGAGAAAGACAAAGCCACUCAGAGGUCGAUAUAUUCGAACUCCUUCGAGGAUGUCGAUAAAGUCGGCGAGAAAGAGUUUGGAAAACGCUGCGCUGCUGGAUGUCGCGACACUCCGGGCUGCUUCAAAUUCAAGCUGGACGGACCUUCUACUUGUGUGCACGCAGGAAACAGGCUGUCGGAUCGAAAUGAAAAUAGCUAUGCGAUCAAUGGACAGGACUGUCCGAAAAAACCCUCUACUCAACUUUGGAGCGACUACAGAGCAAGGACUCAAGUCUUUUGCUUAUUCAGCAGCAUCACAAGCGCGGAAUCUUAUUUGGACUAUUUGAGGAACAAGAAUCCUCAGAUGACAACUUGGGCAAUAAGUGACUACGGAAAUUCAAGAAAAAUGUCAAGAAUUUGGGAAUUUUCAAUAGCCGAAGGAAGGACAAGCACUUAUGGGACAUGGUUUACGUUUUUCAGCGUCAAUUAUAUUCGCGAAUAUCAUGUUCCAGUGAAUGAGACAACAACUGGUCGAAGAAAACGUCAAACGGACGACAACAGUGACUUGCUUGACAUGGUGAAUCAAGUUGUCAACCAAUUCAUUGAGAAUCUCGAUGUUGGAGACGCCGAAGUUCUUGGAACCGAAGUCGCUGAGAUCGAGCUUGAAACGAUGGAGCCAAACGUCGAAAACAUCGAUUGUGCAGACGGCAACAACGGCGGCUGCUCCCACUUUUGCAACCAGGCUGAUCACGUGUGUGAGUGCCCCUCCUGUUGGACGCUUUUGGAGGACGAGGCGACCUGUACUCCGAACCCAGAAAAAAUCGCGAUCUCUUGCGAGCAAUCUGCCAUGUCGCUUUCGCUCGACAAGUGCAUCUACUCAACCGAUGAAAGCGACGAAAUCGUCCUUUCUUUCGACGAUAACCGAUGUGAAUCCGCCGAGUCUGAGGACCAAUUCGUCAUUUCAACAGCCCUCGAUCAGUGUGAUACUUUGACGACUGUGGAAGAUGAUGAGAUCGUGUUCAAAAAUGUCAUCAGCGUCAAGAAAAGAACCAACAAAUACGGCAUCGUUUUGAACACCGAUGUUGAUAUUGACGUUCAGUGUCGAUUUUCGUCAGCAGUCAACGAUGUCUCCUCGGCCAACUUCACCAACAGAGACGAAACCCAAGAAGUCGGAACAACCGGUCACGGCGAGUUCAAGUUCGAAGCGGCUUUCUUCUCCAACAGCGACUUCAGCGACGAAGCUUCCGACGAACAAGUUGUCGGCGAAGCUGUCUUCUUCGGCCUCUCCCCAUCUGUUCCUAUUGAAGACGUCACCUUCGUUGUGAACGACUGCAACGUAACCGACGGAAGCAACUCGUUCCCCGUCUUCGAAAACGGCUGCCCCAAUCCAGUGGUAAACAACAACGCGAUCGGUCAAAAUUUCGAAAACGAAGAUCUUUUCCAACUUUCGUACACUGCCUUCCAAUUUUCCGGAAACGCAGAAGUCACUUCUAUGGAAAUGCACUGCUCGAUCUUUGUCUGCAUGGCCGGGCUCUGCCCAGUUGAAGAACCAGAUUGCACUAUUUGA